AUGCCGUUGACGGCCGUGCGAAACCGUCGCCUGCGAUCAGCAGCCUCCCGCGUGGUGCAGGCUGCAGCAGUAGCGGAGGCGGAAGCAAAGGCGGGAGAAAGUGCGGAGGGUGAGGGAAAAGAGAAGCAGCAGCGGCGGGUGGUGGUGACGGGCAUGGGCAUCGUGUCGUGCCUGAGCAUGAACGCGCACGAGUUUUACCAGAAGCUUCUGGACGGCACCAGUGGCAUCUCCGCUAUAGAGGGAUUCGAUGCCUCUGAGUUCCCCACACGCAUCGCGGGCGAGAUCAAGGAGUUCAAGGACAAGGGCUACGUGCACCCCAAGAUGGCGCGGCGCAUGGACAAGUACAUGCGCUACCUGCUCACGGCGGGCAAGCGGGCUUUAAGGGACGCGCACAUGAGCAAGGAGGUGCAGGAGGGGUUCAACAAGCAGAAGUGCGGCGUGCUCAUUGGCUCGGCUAUGGGCGGCAUGCAGGUGUUCAACGACGCGGUGGAGGCGCUCAAGGUGUCGUAUCGCCGCAUGAACCCGUUCUGCAUACCCUUCGUCACCACCAACAUGGGCUCUGCCAUGCUCGCCAUGGACCUGGGCUGGAUGGGUCCCAACUACAGCAUCUCCACUGCCUGCGCCACUGCCAACUACUGCAUUCUCGCUGCUGCCCAGCACAUUCAGAGAGGCGAUGCGGACGUGAUGCUGUCAGGAGGGUCGGAUGCUCCCGUCUUGCCUCUCGGACUGGGUGGAUUCGUGGCCUGCAAGGCACUCUCUAAACGCAACGACGAGCCUGAGAGGGCCUCCCGCCCCUGGGACAAGAAUCGUGAUGGCUUUGUGAUGGGCGAGGGAGCGGGUGUGUUGGUGCUGGAGGAGCUGGAGCACGCCAAGGCCCGAGGCGCCACCAUCUACGCCGAGUUUCUGGGCGGCAGUGUGUCAUGCGAUGCACACCAUAUGACCGACCCGCACCCUCAAGGCAAGGGCGUGCUGAUGUGCAUUGAGCAGGCGCUGGCGUCAUCAGGAGUGCCUCGCGAAUACGUGAACUACGUGAACGCCCACGCCACCAGCACUCUGGCCGGCGAUGUGCAAGAGUACAAGGCGCUCGUGGCUGCGUUUGGAAACAACCCCGUGCUGAAGAUGAAUGCCACCAAGUCCAUGAUCGGCCAUCUGCUGGGCGCGGCAGGAGGAGUGGAGGCCAUUGCGACUGUUGGGGCCAUCCACACAGGCUACCUCCACCCCAACCUCAACCUGGAAAACCUUGAGGACGGCCUGGACGAGCGCUACUUUGUGCGUGACACAAAGGAACGCUUGGAUGUGAAUGUGGGGCUCUCCAACUCGUUUGGUUUUGGCGGCCACAAUUCGUCCAUCCUCUUUGCGCCAUACCACCCAGAAGGAAUCCAUGCUCUAGUGGCAGAACGCAAUGCCCAAAACCCCUCCCCCACUCCUCCCUCUUCCCUUCCUUCCCUUUCCCUUCCCUCACUUCGCUCUCUCCCCCAUUCCCCCCUCCCUUCUGUCCCUUCGCACCUCCCCCCUCCCCUUCACCUCCCCCUUUCACCAGGCACGUCGCCCAAGAGCGAACAGACAGCACCAGUGCUGGAGGUGGGGACAGCAUCGGACAGUGUGCGGCAGCGCAUAGCCGAUUCAGAAACCCAGAGCACCUACUUGGGCACGUCGCCUAAGAGCGAGCAGACGGCACCAGUGCUGGAGGUGGGGACAGCACCAGACAGUGUGCGGCAGCACAUAGCCGAUUCAGACACUCAGAGCAGCAGCAGUGGAGGCCAUAAAGGAAAGGAGGACUCGACUGAUUCCGGCGGGAAACUCCAGAUAUUCUCAGGUGCCAUGGCGGGUAUGCUGAGCAGCGACGAGCCCUUCACGCUGUUUGCUCCCUCAGACGACUUCCUAUUGGACAUCAGCAGCGUCUUUCACAAGUACCCCAGAACAAAGGAAAUGAUCGACCCCAUGUUGAGUCGGCUAGUGGGCUACUCUGCCGUGCCUCGCCGCAUCCCAGCAGCGGACAUCCCGCUGGGGGCGUUUGAGCGGUUGGAGUCGAUAACAGGGUUUAUCAUCAACGUGGGGAGGGACCCGCGCACUGGACGGAUUUUCGCAAAUGGUGUUCCGAGCAAGCAGGUGGACAUCCUAGAAGGCCAGCUGGUGCUGCAUCUGAUAGAUGGCAUGCUGGGGCCGCUCGACUUUGUGGAGUCGGUGAGAAGCAUGGACCCUGAUGAUGUCAGCAUGGAGGCAGCUCUUGAGCAGGAGUUUAAUUCUGGGGCGUUUGUGCACGGCAGUGAGAGCAGUGGGGGCGGGGGAGGGGGCGGGGGAGGGGGUGGGGGAGGGGGAGAGGGAGGCGGAGAGGGCGGAGGAGGAGGCAGCGGGAAGGGUGGGGACGAAGGAACUAGGCAGGGAGAGUCUGGGCAAGCUGCGCAGGGAGAGCAGCAGCAGCAGCAGCAGCAGCAGCAGCCGGGAGGGGACGGUCAGGCAGAGAAAGUUUUCUUGCCUGAGGAGCAGACAGAUCUGGGUGCUGCUGUUGCUGCCGCUGCUGCUGCUGCUGGCCUUGGUCUUGGUGGUGGGGAUGGAGCAGGAGGGGGAGGGGGAGGAGGAGGAGCUGAAGGGGAAGCGGGUCACUCUAUAGAGGGACAGGGAGAGAAGCAGGGUGGUGCUGGGAAUGCAGCAGCAGGGGAGGGCGGUGGAGGAGGAGGUGGUGGUGGGGAAAAUGGGGGGAAUGGGGAGGGUGGGGGUGCUGCAGCGGGUGGGUUUCAGUGGUUUGGGUUUGGGAAGGGAGGCGCAGCUUCCAAGAAGGAGCCGGAGGAGGACCCUGUGGAUAAUCUGCCUGUGUUGAAGCCGGAAGUGAUUGCUCAAGAGCAGGUGCGGUGGGGUUGCUGGGCUCUGGGCACAGGUAAGUGUGUGGGGAGCAGGUGCGGUGGGGUUGCUGGGCUCUGGGCACAGGUGCGCGAGGAGGAGAAGGCGAAGCCAGGAGUGGAGGUGGACUUCAGGGGAGCACACAAGGGAGCAUCUGUAAUCGAGGUGCCUCCACCUGUGGAUCCCACCAAGCUACCCUGUUUGGGCCGGGGCAUUCUGCAGGCAGACAGCAAGUGCAUCUGUGCUGUGCUCUAUGGCGGGGAUAACUGUGAGGAGACCCGCAACACGGACAAGCUGACUGUUGACCCCUACGUGGGAAGCUACCUGCUCACAGCACAGGCCCUCAUGCCGCCACCGCCGCCAGCAGCAGGAGAGGAGGGAAGCAGCGGAGGGGGAGGAGGGGGAUCGGCUACGCGAUCCGCUAUGCUGCUGGAAGGGCUGUCGAUUGAAGAGAGGCGGCAGCUGCGGGCUGUGCUGCCUUUGACCGACAUCUAUCAGACCACUGUAUGGGAGACGUGUGCUGUGGUGGGUAAUUCGGGUGCGCUUCUGCUGAGGGAGGAUGGGGAGGAGAUUGACAAGCAUGACAUGGUUUUGCGCUUUAACACAGCACCCACUAAGGGGUACGAGAAGCAGGUGGGGAAGAAAACCACGCUCCGUCUCAGCAUACCUGACAAGGCGGGUUUCAGGGAGGGCAACGAAACUGUGGUAUACCACCUGUACCUGAGGGGUGUGAAGGACGAGUUGCAGCAUCUUCUCAACUUCAAGCGGGUCUUCAGGGAGGGGCCUUUAUACUUGCUGGACCUGGGAUUUGAAUCACAGGUAUUCAACACCUUUGGCGCCUUCACAUCAGUGGGAUACGUGGGGAUCCAAUUCGCCCUGCAGAAGUGCCACCACAUAGACCUCUACGGCCUAUUCUUAAGCGAGAGGCACGGCGUGAGGCACCACUACUACAAUCGGGACGAGCAGAUGCCGGCGCACGUGACAAUUGACCAGCUGGACCGGGAGUUCGUUCAGAGCAUUGAGAUCGCCGACGCGGAGCUUAUGUGGAUUGCGGAUCCAUGCCUUUACGACUGUCGAAGGUCGGUCCAGCGAUGCAGCAUGUGCAUGCGAAUCUCAGUGGACGAGUUGAGCCAGAAAACAGAGUGGACGAGUCAACAGCUGGCCCUAAAUUCGCGCAGGGAGCAGCGGUGGCGGGAGUUCCUAAAGUGGCAGCUGGUGGUGCGAGAGGAGCUCAAGAAGAGCGUGCGGCUGCAGUUCCAGCUGCAGGCAGAACAGCGACGCAUGCGCUCCUCCUCAGGCGGACUUGCAGGGGGGUCCCGCAUGGACGGUUUGGGCGGAGAUGGUACCGCCGUGCUUCUCGCGCUGUCCCUGGCGCUGCUGCUAGCAGUCGCCCGCGCCGGCAGCCCCCUGACGAGCGCCACCGCGAACGAGAAGCCCGACCAAAGCAGCAAGAAAGACGACGGUCUGAUGACCGAAGUUCCCGCAGAUAUCGCAAAGCAGGCCGCGGCGGGCAACGCGGCGGGAGUCACCUACGUGGAUACCGCGCAGGACUCGUUCUUCAUGGCUGAUGUGAAGAAGGCAGGAUGGAACGCGCAAAAAUGCCCGCCUGGUUUGAACAAGGAGCUAGCGGGAGCGUGCACGCCCAAGAAUUGCUCCAAGGGCGGCAUCCCCGCUAAGUGGAAAACCGCUUAUCUGCAAAAGAACAAGCUGGGUUACGAGCUGUUCGUGCCGGGUAAUCCGCUGACGUUGCUCAAGGCGAACCCCGCGUCGUGCUGUAACACGUGCGCCGCGACGCCGCUCUGCACGUACUGGCAGUACAUUCCCGAUAUCACCAUCGACGGGAAGAAGGGCAAGGGCGCGUGUUAUUUGAUCCACGACCAGAUUGAUUUUACCUGUGGAGAAAUGACCGCGCAGUAUUCUACGGAAACGAAGCCCGUGAAUCUGCAGGUGCGCAUCGGCGGAGAGUGUAAUCCUAGCGCGAAGAUUCUGAACGACCCGCAUUUGGUCGGCGCGCAUGGCACGCAUUUCGACUUCAACGGCCGCCCCGACAAGGCGUUCUGCCUGCUCACGGACCGCGAUCUUCACGUGAACAUGCUGCUGAGGGGGUAUUACGACGAGCGCACUGAUAACGCCGCGCUUGUCGUUGACGGAAAGGCCGUGCACACGUGGAUUAAGGAGCUUGGCAUCGUCUGGACCGCUCAGGGCGCAGACCACAAGGUUCGGCUCGCGGCGCGCGGCGGCAAGCAGCAGGAGCGCGGCGACGGGUUUAUGAAGAGCAUCGAGAUUGACGGUGAGGAGAUCCCGAGGAUGAAGGUUGGUGACACGGUGACGAGCGAAGGCGGGCUGACGGUUCAAUUCCGCGGGCUCGAGAAGGAAGGACCGUUCGAUGUGGAUUAUUACAUGCUGACUGUCGACGGUCUGAUUUCGCUGGAUCUGCGCCUGCGCGUCGCGCACCCGAAGCUGCAGACCCCGACCGACGCCGAGGCGCAUAUCAACGUCGGGAUUGCCGAGCUGGAGCACACAGAGGAGAUCCAUGGCGUGUUGGGCCAGACUUACCGCGCGGAUCAUACGCAGCGCGCCGCGGAUUUCCAGCGGUUGAUCGCGAGCCUGCACCGUCCGAUUUCGGCUGACGGGGUGGAGGGGAAGGGGUUCUUGGAUGGUACACCCAGGUCGUAUGAGGCAAGUGAUGUGCUUGCUGUGGACUGCGCUUAUACUGAGUAUGGCCGCGCCAGGAAGGUUAUGCCCGUACAACAGUUCCCGUAA